UCUUAACCACACACCUGACGGUCUGGCUCCGCCCCCUCCCGCGCUCCUCACAGAUAACGCUGCCUGAACUUAACACUGGUACUACACCUUGUUUUGUUUGGAAUAACUCAAAGUUCAGCAUCACAUCUUUGGAUUAACACCAUGGCUGACAGCUGAAACCUGCCGACUCCCCACACACAGUUCUCAGGUAUCAUGAUGGAGGUGGCCGGUCCCUGGAUGGAAGUGUUCGAGGGCUCAGAGAGGACGGAGAAGCCUGGACGAGCGGAGACGCUGUUGGGGAGCUCCACCCUGACUCUGGCUCCCCUGGUAGCCGAGUCUCCAUCUGUCCGCCGCUCCCAGCCCAUCCUCAUCACCUCAAACAGGGUGAAAGGCAGAGAGUCCUUCUCUUCCUCCGUCCCCUCCUCCAUACCCAACCCGUUUCCAGAGCUGUGCAGCCCCUCCAAGUCUCCGGUCCUCGUCGGCUCACAUCCUCCAACUUCCAGUGACAAACAUCUGAUUAAGGUGUUCGGAGAGGACAGCCACAGCAGGUCGGUGUGGGUCUCUCGCAGAGCGACAGCCAGAGAGGUGUGUCACCUGCUGCCUGAGCUGAGCUUAGGAAGUGAUGCCAACUGA